AUGUCCUCCGCGGACGAGGUUGACGGACUGGGCGUGGCUCGGCCGCACUAUGGCUCUGUCCUGGAUAAUGAGAGACUUACUGCAGAGGAGAUGGAUGAGAGGAGACGUCAGAAUGUGGCCUACGAAUACCUUUGUCAUUUGGAAGAAGCAAAGAGGUGGAUGGAAGCAUGCCUUGGGGAAGAUCUGCCUCCCACCACGGAACUGGAAGAGGGGCUUAGGAAUGGGGUCUACCUUGCCAAACUGGGAAACUUCUUCUCCCCUAAAGUGGUGUCCCUGAAGAAGAUCUAUGACCGAGAGCAGACGAGAUACAAGGCAACUGGCCUUCACUUCAGGCAUACUGAUAACGUGAUUCAGUGGUUGAAUGCCAUGGGCGAGAUUGGAUUGCCUAAGAUUUUUUAUCCAGAAACUACAGAUAUCUAUGAUCGAAAGAACAUGCCAAGAUGUAUCUACUGUAUUCAUGCACUGAGUUUGUACCUGUUCAAACUAGGCCUGGCUCCUCAGAUUCAAGACCUGUAUGGAAAGGUUGACUUCACAGAAGAAGAAAUCAACAACAUGAAGAUUGAACUGGAGAAGUAUGGGAUUCAGAUGCCUGCCUUUAGCAAGAUUGGGGGUAUUCUGGCUAAUGAGCUGUCAGUGGAUGAAGCCGCAUUACAUGCGGCUGUUAUUGCCAUUAAUGAAGCUAUUGACCACAGAAUUCCAGCUGACACCUUCACAGCUUUGAAAAAUCCCAAUGCCAUGCUUGUGAAUCUUGAAGAAUGUUUGGCUUCUACCUACCAGGAUGUACUUUACCAGGCCAAACAGGACAAAAUGGCAAAUGCUAAAAACAGGACAGAAAGCUCUGAGAGAGAAAGGGACGUUUAUGAGGAACUGCUCACUCAAGCUGAAAUUCAAGGCAAUAUAAAUAAAGUCAACUUGCUUGCUGCGUUAACAAAUAUAGACCUGGCUUUGGAGCAGGGAUCUGCACCAGCCUUGUUCAAGAUCCUGCAGUCACCCGCACUGGGCCUGCGAGGGCUGCAGCAGCAGAAUAGUGACUGGUACCUCAAGCAGCUCCUGAGUGACAGAGAGCAGAAGAGACAGGGUGGUCAGGCUGAGCCCCUGCAGAAGGAGGAGCUACAGUCUGGAGUGGAUGCUGCAAACACUGCCGCUCAGCAAUAUCAGAGAAGGUUGGCGGCAGUGGCAGCGAUCAACGCCGCAAUCCAGAAGGGUGUGGCUGAGAAGACUGUCCUCGAACUGAUGAACCCCGAAGCCCAGCUGCCACAGGUGUACCCGUUUGCUGCCGAGCUUUAUCAGAAGGAGCUGGCCACCCUGCAGCAGCAGAGUCCCGAGCAUAGCCUCACCCACCCUGAGCUCUCUGUUGCGGUGGAGAUGCUGUCAUCAGUGGCCCUAAUCAACAGGGCACUGGAAUCUGGAGACAUGAACACAGUGUGGAAACAGCUGAGCAGUUCAGUGACAGGUCUUACCAACAUUGAAGAGGAGAACUGCCAGAGGUAUCUGGAUGAGCUGAUGAAGCUGAAAGCUCAGGCCCGUGCAGAGAACAGUGAAUUCAUUACGUGGAAUGACAUCCAGGCUUCUGUGGACCAUGUGAACCUCGUGGUGCAGGAGGAGCAUGAGAGGAUUUUAGCCAUUGGUUUGAUUAACGAAGCCCUGGAUGAAGGUGAUGCCCAGAAGACCCUGCAGGCCUUGCAGAUUCCCGCAGCUAAACUCGAGGGGGUCCUCGCAGAAGUGGCCCAGCAUUAUCAGGACACACUGAUCCGAGCAAAGAGAGAGAAGGCCCAGGAAACCCAGGAUGAGUCAGCUGUGUUAUGGUUGGAUGAAAUUCAAGGUGGAAUCUGGCAGUCCAACAAAGACACCCAAGAAGCACAAAGGUUUGCCUUAGGAAUCUUUGCCAUCAAUGAAGCAGUGGAGAAAGGCGAUGUUGGCAAAACACUCAGUGCCCUUCGUUCCCCCGACGUUGGGUUGUAUGGCGUCAUCCCCGAAUGUGGUGAAACUUACCAGAGUGACCUUGCUGAAGCCAAGAAGAAAAAACUGGCAGCAGGAGACAACAACAGCAAGUGGGUGAAGCACUGGGUGAAAGGUGGAUAUUAUUAUUACCACAAUCUGGAGACCCAGGAAGGAGGAUGGGACGAACCCUCAGACUUUUUGCAGAAUUCCAUGCAGCUUUCUCGGGAGGAGAUCCAGAGUUCCAUCUCUGGGGUAACGGCUGCGUAUAACCGGGAACAGCUUUGGCUGGCCAACGAAGGCUUGAUCACCAAGCUGCAGGCUUGCUGCCGGGGGUACUUAGUCCGGCAGGAGUUCCGAUCCAGGAUGAAUUUCCUAAAGAAACAGAUCCCAGCCAUCACCUGCAUUCAGUCUCAGUGGAGAGGAUACAAGCAGAAGAAGGCGUACCAAGACCGCUUGGCUUACCUGCGCUCCCACAAAGAUGAAGUUAUAAAGAUCCAGUCCCUGGCAAGGAUGCACCAAGCUAGAAAGCGCUAUAGAGAACGCCUGCAGUAUUUCCGAGAUCAUAUAAAUGACAUUAUCAAAAUCCAGGCUUUUAUCCGGGCAAACAAAGCUCGUGAUGACUACAAGACUCUCAUCAGUGCCGAGGAUCCACCUAUGAUUGUGGUCCGGAAAUUCGUCCACCUGCUCGACCAGAGUGACCAGGAUUUUCAGGAGGAACUCGAUCUUAUGAAGAUGCGGGAAGAGGUUAUUACCCUUAUCCGUUCUAACCAGCAGCUGGAGAAUGACCUCAAUCUCAUGGAUAUCAAAAUCGGACUGCUGGUGAAAAAUAAAAUUACACUGCAGGAUGUGGUUUCCCACAGUAAAAAACUUACCAAAAAAAAUAAGGAACAGUUGUCUGAUAUGAUGAUGCUAAAUAAACAGAAGGGAGGUCUGAAGGCUCUGAGCAAGGAGAAGAGAGAGAAAUUGGAAGCGUAUCAGCACUUAUUUUAUUUACUGCAGACCAACCCCACCUACCUGGCAAAGCUGAUCUUUCAGAUGCCCCAGAACAAGUCCACCAAGUUCAUGGACUCUGUGAUCUUCACUCUCUACAACUAUGCCUCCAACCAGCGCGAGGAGUACUUGCUCCUGCGGCUCUUCAAGACAGCCCUGCAGGAGGAGAUCAAGUCGAAAGUAGAUCAGAUUCAAGAGAUUGUGACAGGAAAUCCGACAGUUAUUAAGAUGGUUGUGAGUUUCAACCGCGGCGCCCGGGGCCAGAAUGCGCUCAGACAGAUCUUGGCUCCAGUGGUGAAGGAGAUCAUGGAUGACAAGACCCUCAACAUCAAAACUGACCCCGUGGAUAUUUACAAAUCUUGGGUUAACCAGAUGGAGUCCCAGACAGGAGAGGCGAGCAAACUGCCCUAUGAUGUGACCCCAGAGCAGGCCCUGUCUCACGAGGAAGUCAGGACGCGGCUAGACAACUCCAUCCGGAACAUGCGGGCCGUGACUGACAAGUUCCUGGCAGCCAUCAUCAGCUCCGUGGACAAAAUCCCCUACGGGAUGCGCUUCAUUGCCAAAGUGCUGAAGGACUCCUUACAUGAGAAGUUCCCCGAUGCUGGUGAGGAUGAGCUGCUGAAGAUUAUUGGCAACUUGCUUUACUACCGAUACAUGAAUCCAGCCAUUGUUGCUCCCGAUGCCUUUGACAUCAUUGACCUGUCGGCAGGAGGCCAACUCACCACAGACCAACGCCGCAAUCUCGGGUCCAUUGCCAAGAUGCUCCAGCAUGCAGCUUCCAAUAAGAUGUUCCUGGGAGAUAAUGCUCACUUGAGCAUCAUUAAUGAAUACCUCUCCCAGUCCUACCAGAAAUUCAGACGGUUUUUCCAAACUGCUUGUGAUGUCCCAGAGCUUCAGGAUAAAUUUAAUGUGGACGAGUAUUCUGACUUAGUGACCCUCACCAAGCCAGUGAUCUACAUCUCCAUUGGCGAGAUCAUCAACACCCACACGCUCCUGUUAGACCACCAGGAUGCCAUUGCCCCAGAGCACAACGAUCCGAUCCAUGAGCUGCUGGACGACCUCGGCGAGGUGCCCACCAUCGAGUCCCUGAUAGGAGAAGGUGCUGGCAAUUUAAAUGACCCAAAUAAGGAGGCGCUGGCUAAGACAGAAGUGUCUCUCACACUGACCAAUAAAUUUGAUGUGCCUGGAGAUGAGAAUGCAGAAAUGGAUGCUCGGACCAUCUUACUGAACACAAAACGCUUAAUUGUGGAUGUCAUCCGGUUCCAGCCAGGAGAGACCUUGACUGAAAUCCUAGAAACACCAGCCACCAGUGAACAGGAAGCUGAACAUCAGAGGGCCAUGCAGAGACGCGCUAUCCGUGAUGCCAAAACUCCGGACAAGAUGAAGAAGUCCAAAACCAUAAAGGAAGACAGCAAUCUCAGUCUUCAGGAGAAGAAGGAGAAGAUCCAGUCAGGCUUGAAGAAACUCACAGAGCUUGGCACCGUGGACCCAAAGAACAGAUACCAGGAACUGAUCAAUGACAUCGCCAGGGAUAUUCGGAAUCAGCGGAGAUACCGACAGAGGAGGAAGGCUGAGCUGGUGAAGCUGCAGCAGACGUAUGCUGCCCUGAACUCUAAGGCCACCUUUUAUGGAGAGCAGGUGGAUUACUAUAAAAGCUAUAUCAAGACCUGCCUGGAUAACUUAGCCAGCAAGGGCAAGGUCUCCAAAAAGCCUAGGGAAAUGAAAGGGAAGAAAAGCAAAAAGAUCUCUCUAAAAUACACGGCAGCAAGACUACAUGAAAAAGGAGUUCUUUUGGAAAUUGAGGACCUGCAAGUGAAUCAGUUUAAAAACGUCAUCUUUGAAAUCAGUCCAACAGAAGAAGUUGGAGACUUUGAAGUAAAGGCCAAGUUCAUGGGAGUUCAGAUGGAGACAUUUAUGUUACAUUAUCAGGACCUGCUGCAGCUACAGUAUGAAGGAGUCGCUGUCAUGAAAUUAUUUGACAGAGCUAAAGUCAACGUCAACCUCCUCAUCUUCCUUCUCAACAAGAAGUUCUAUGAGAAGUAA